GCAAGUAGAAAAAAAAAACGUAUACCCAAGACCAUCUAAAAAUUCCGAAAAAAUAGAAAAUUUAUUUUCAACAAUGUAUAAAACGUCGCUAAGGCCAUUAAAUCCCUCAGAUGUCCCUGAAGUCGAAAAGUUACUUGAAAAUAAUACCACUCUACCAAAUCAACUCAGAGAAAAAGUGUGUUUAUCAUCAUUUGAAAAUAGAGAAGAAAACAAAUCUUUUAAUCACAUUCAAACUUACAGGGAAUAUAAAGAAGCUCUUAAACAACAGAGACUAAGUGAUGGAUUAAGCGCUUACAAGUCAAGGGAACAGGUUAUUUUCUCAGAGAAUUCCAACAGUAAUGAUAAAGUAAACUUAAAAAACAUGAGUAUGAGUACAAUACGGAGUAAGCAAAUUUUUUGUGGUGGGACCACUGAUAAAAGACCAGUACAGAAAGUUACUCCAUCCAUAGUAAACCAAGAUACUUUAUUCAGUAAUAACAGCAAUAACACUUCUAAUCAUAAAAACUUUAAUCAGUACGGUCGAACUUCCACACAAUCAAAUUCACCAAUAAAAACAAAAAGUGAUCAUUUGUUCGAGAUAAUUAAUCCAGAAAGAUCUUCGAAUUUUUCAAAAACAGCUGUAUUAAGUAACGAAGGUAAUGCAGAUUCGAAUCAAAUGUGUCGUCCUCGUUCACCUCAAAAUAUCACUUGGAAUGUUAACUCAUCAGAAAACUAUUCGUUCACUAUGAGACGAGAGUAUGAGCGUGCCAAAGAAGAAGCAGAUUUAAUACAGCAAUUGCGACGCCACAUAGAAACAAGACUGAAAAUGACCCUUCCUAAUGAGCUAGCUCCAGCAUUAGCGGAUGGUGUGGUUCUCUGUCACUUAGCUAAUUACGUAAGACCUCAUUCAGUUGCAAGUAUUCAUGUUCCUUCACCAGCAGUUCCCAAGCUGACAAUGGCAAGAUGUAGAAGAAACGUGGACAAUUUUCUGGAAGCUUGCAGAAAAAUUGGAGUAGAUGAGGAGGUGUUAUUGGAUGCAGACGCAAUCAUGGAUGUGGGUUACAUUGGUACGUUUGGAUUGGCAUCCCUUCAUCGACUUGUAUCCACAUUAAUAUUUUAUGCUGAAGAAUACUUCCAAGAGUCGGAAACAUGCUCAGUCAACACGAUCCAGGAUCAUAUUCUCUCUACUGUGCUUGCUGCUGUAUUUGUUUCUUUUUCGAUAUUAUUUUACAUGUUUCCUCUUCCUAAUUAGUAUGUAGCAUAAAUCAUUGAUCAAAACUUAGUUAAUCUUGAUGAAGGAUAAGCCCCGCCUUUAUGAAAAAAAUUUCAUCGCAAUUUGUUUACCCUUUUAAUAUUUUU